AUGAUUUUACAUGAUCAAUAUGAGGUUGUUAGAGCGACCUUGUUAAACCCUUCUCUCCUUCUACCUUCAAAACCCUUUCUUUCAACUCGUUCCCAGCUCACCCCACCGCCUACUAUCCGAGUAAACAAACUGAUUCACCACUUUCCUUCAUCCUCAACUGUUCGUCAUUGUGCUAUCAAAGCUGAAGCACUUGACAGCGACUACUCGCCCAAGAGCAGCAGCAGCAAUGAGCCCAGGGAAACGAUGUUACCGGGCUGUGAUUAUAACCAUUGGCUUAUUGUCAUGGAGUUCCCUAAAGACCCUGCUCCUACAAGAGAACAGAUGAUUGAGACUUAUCUUAACACUCUUUUCUAG